AUGAUUAACACCGUAUCUUCGGCUCUGAUCGUCGCCUCAUUCCUGGGCAAGUGUUGGGCAGAGAAGUUGAUCCGAAUGAGUAUAUUUGUGCAGAAAGAGGAUGCUCUUACGAACCCGGGUGAUUUAAUGACCAACUUGAAGGUCGAUGGUGAAGACGUGACCGUUCUUGUUGACACCGGAAGUCCAUUCACGUACUUUGUAUGGCGACACUGGUACGAGAGUACCAACCCAGGUGGCUGCGAGAAGAUCAUCUACAAGUGCUACGAGUGUAAUCCAGCGCCAUGUCACGAGGGUCCGAAAAAGCAUGUCAAGUUCAUCGACGGCACAUAUGUGAAUGUCUUCUUCUACUCCGGGAAAGUCAAUUUUGGCUCUUUCACUGCGAGUGGUAUCGACUUCGGUUUGCUUGCUGGAACUAAUGGUGGAGCUUCAGCUGCUCUCGGUUUAGCGCCGCGCAGCCCUUCGGCGAAGCCAUAUGUUCCGCUGAUCAAUCAGCUACUGGCUCUGCCGAAAAGUGAAAGACCAAUCGAGAAGAGCAUCUUCUCAGUGUAUCUUAAUGCUGCGAGUCAUCCUACUGGUGAACUCAUCCUCGGUGGUCAAGACAAGAGCAAGUACAUUGGCUCAUUGAAAUAUAUGAAAGUUAACAUGGUUGAAGAAACCGUCAAAAUGUCGGGCUUGGGCAUUGGCGACGUAGCGAAACAUCGCAUUAGAGUAUCGGCCGAGGGUCACGUCGACACAGGCUGCAAUUAUAUCGGACUCCCAGAGAGGCUUAAAGGGUCGGUUCUCAAAUUGUUGGCGACUGUUGGCGAUAAGCCAGUUAAGAUCGAAGAGAAUUCUGGUGUCUAUGAGGUCUCCUGUGGAGACGCUAAGUAUCUACCCCCGAUAACCUUUUUCGUGAAGGGAACAGGCCUCUUUCCUUCAGAUGUGUCGAUUGAGGUACUUCCCAGCAGUUACGUGGUCCAAGAGUCCGAGUCUUCCUGCUUCUUAGCCAUCUUAUUCGAUGAUAUGUGGAUUUUGGGGUUGCCAACAGUCUUUGGUCACUAUUAUUUGUAUGAUUGGGAAAAAUCUCGCAUCGGUGUGGCCAAGAGCAAUUCUUGA